UGGCAAUAGCUUCGGACCCCGGCGAAGCAGCUUCGAAAAGCGAGGGCUUUUCCCGAGCUCAAGGGCUCCCCCGCCCGUCGCUAUAGAACCGAGGCCAUGAGGAUCUUGUCUCCUUUGCUGUGCAUCGGUGAACGUAGCGAAGGGGGUGAAUCCCCUGCUGUGCUUGGGAGACCUGUAAUUCGUUCAAGAUUUCAAACAAAAACGAGAAUAUAGAUUUGUCUCCGUCAAACAAAUAUUGAUUUGCCCUCCACUUUCAGCUUUAUUGCACCAUAAUGGACAACAAAGACAGCAUUGGCUUAGCAAUUCAAGGUGCCCCUGAAGAACUUCCAUCUAUUUUCAGAUACAUCCAAUCCAAUGAAUUUGCUGGAUUUGAUACCUGUCCCAGCCCUCGCGGAUAUCCUGCAGCCUCUAAAGGAGCAGAACCUACAAAUUUUCUCACUGGUAGUGUCUGUAACACGCCUUCACCAAAUUCACCCAUUCGCAUGAUAAGACCACCCUAUCAUUCACAUUGUGUGUCUAUCAGCAUGCCACCGUCUCCUUCUGUUCUCGCAGAACAAGCCAAAAGAGCCAGUGGAAUUGAUCAAGCUGCUACGAAUUCUGCUAACAUGAAGCCAAAUCUAGUUAUUAACUCUCCUGCUGUCAACUUACAAGUACCAAAGCAGGCAAAGUUUCACUCUCAACCCAUGGAAGCAGGAGCAUCUCAAGCCAGGGGAACUCCAGACAGAAAGGGUCUUAAUUCUUCAGGGAGUCAGCAGAGGGUACCAAGGAGUAGUAGGCUUAAGGACCACCGUUACAACUCUUUCAAGACAUGGUCUGGUGCCCUUGAAAGACAGAUAUCAGUUUUUCGCGGAAAGGCACCAGAGUCACAGGAGGUUGAUGGUUCAAAAAGACAACCGGAGCCAGUACCAGCCCCGCAUCGCUACUUUGAUGCCUUAGAAGGGCCUGAACUAGACACCCUCAGGGCAUCAGAGGAGUUGGUCCUUCCUGAAGACAAGUUGUGGCCUUUCCUUCUUCGCUUCCCAGUAUCAUCCUUCGGUAUUUGCCUUGGCGUUAGCAGCCAAGCAAUCUUGUGGAAAACAUUAGCCACAUCUCCAUCUAUGAGCUUUCUGCGUGUAAGCCCAGUAAUCAACCUCAUGCUGUGGUGUAUAGCACUUGCAUUGACGGGCAUUGUGGCCUUCAUUUACUCUCUAAAGAUCAUAUUUUACUUUGAAGCAGUCCGCCGAGAGUACUAUCAUCCCAUCCGUGUCAACUUUUUCUUUGCCCCAUGGAUAAACUGCCUCUUCUUGACACUCGGUUUGCCACCAAAACUUGCAGUAAACCUGCAUGAUGCUCUAUGGUAUGUGCUUAUGGCUCCAGUCUUGUGCCUCGAACUCAAGAUCUAUGGCCAGUGGAUGUCUGGCGGCCAACGUAGGCUUUCAAAAGUAGCCAAUCCAUCAAACCAUUUAGCUAUCGUAGGAAACUUUGUGGGUGCAUUGCUGGGAGCGUCAAUGGGGCUUAAAGAAGGGCCCAUAUUCUUCUUUGCAGUCGGGUUGGCUCACUACUCGGUGUUGUUCGUAACUUUGUACCAGAGGCUUCCAACAAAUGAGACGCUCCCAAAGGAGCUUCAUCCAGUCUUCUUUUUAUUUGUGGCCGCACCCAGUGUUGCGAGCAUGGCAUGGGCAAAUCUUACUGGGGAAUUUGGCUAUAGCUCGAGGAUUGCGUACUUCAUUGCUCUCUUCCUCUAUGUUUCUCUGGCUGUUCGUAUUAACUUUUUCCGGGGAUUCAGGUUCUCACUAGCAUGGUGGGCAUAUACAUUUCCAAUGACAAGUGCUUCUAUUGCAACCAUUAGAUAUUCUGCUGAAGUGGAGAAUAUUUUCACUCAGUCACUUUCUGUUGCACUCUCUGGCAUAUCUACCUCAGCAGUGAUAGCUCUGCUUGCCUCCACAAUCAUUCAUGCAUUUGUGCUCAAUGACCUCUUUCCAAAUGACAUCUCCAUUGCCAUCAGUAACAGGAGACCAAGGGAAACCAAGAGACGCAGUCAUAUGAGAAAUGCGACCUCAGAUGUAACAGAUAUUGGAGCUACUCAUAUAGGAAAUGCUAUCUCAGAUGUAAAAGAAACUGGAUCUUCUGUGUUAACAAAUAUUCGAGGACACUAGUUAUCUCUGAACCUGCUGGAGUAUUUUGGGAUGACUCCAUUAAUGCAAGUCUCUCGGCAUUGUUGUUGAUGCAUUAUGAUGUGAUUGGAUCCUCUUCUCUCACAAAGCUAUGGAACCAAUUGGAUGAUCAGAUGUGGUUUGAAAUCGGCAAUUUUGUUGGUUGAAACAAAUUGGAUGUGAAGAUUGCAUCAUGAUGAGAUGCCUUUGUACCAAAUAAAAUGCAGUGAUGGUAGUGAAAUAUUUCAUUGGUUCAUGACAUUGGUUGAUUUGGUUGUGAUGAUCCGUUGAGGAAAUAUUAUGUGACGAAGACUGUUGGA